AUGGGAAUGAAAGCGCGCUGCCAAUGCGGCAAGAUUCAGUUCACAACACCCACAGACAAGCCACUCAAGCUCUGGAUCUGUCAUUGCACAGAAUGCCAGCAUCAAAGCUCUUCCGCCUUCGGCAUCACGGCAACAUUUCCAUACUUUGAACUUCCCGACAGUGCAUCCCGUCUAGCAAGCAGCUAUACCCGUGUCACUCUCAAGGGUCGCGAGAUGCAAUGUCUUUUCUGCAAGAGUUGCGGUGCCCGGCUUUUCCAUCGUUUCCGAGAUGCCGUACCGGCAGCAGGGGAGCAGCCGCACUUUUCUGCCAUCACCAAUGUCAAGGGCGGGUGUUUGGAAAACCUCAAUAAGGAAAUGCUACGGAAUGCCGUUCAUAUCUGGUGCCAGGAGGCUAUUGUCGAUAUCCCGGACAGCGUGGAAAAAUGGGACCAGGCGCCACCCCAGCCGAAUCCGUUGGUGACAUGA